CUGAGCAAGGUGUUUUCACGCUAACAUGAGCGCUUGACAUGAGCGCGCGGAGAGCAGAGGUCAGAGCUCAGAUUGCAGGCGGACCGAGGAGAGAGACACGCUCAGUUCAUCUACAGGAGGAUGGAGGUGGAGAACCGACCCAACGGAUUUGACUUCUCCAAACGGGACAAAUUACUGAGCGCCGGUUUUUAUGAAGAGAACUCCCUUCAGGACGGCACAGAGGAUGGUGGUGAGCGUUGGUGUCUGAUCUGCGGUGACCGGGCGUCUGGGCUGCACUAUGGCAUCAUUUCCUGUGAGGGCUGUAAGGGCUUCUUCAAACGCAGUAUCUGCAACAAGCGCAUCUACCGCUGCAACAGAGACAAGAACUGCCAGAUGUCCCGCAAGCAACGCAACCGCUGUCAGUACUGCAGACUGCAGAAAUGCCUUCAGAUGGGAAUGAACCGCAAGGCAAUCAGAGAGGACGGGAUGCCAGGAGGGAGGAAUAAAAUGAUUGGACCUGUACAGAUCUCUCUGGAGGAGAUCGAACGAAUCAUGUCUGGCCAGGAGUUUAAAGAAGGAGCUGAACUAUCAGAUUCGUGGAGCCAUGGCUACAGGAACCACACUUCACCUGGCAACAGUAUCUCCGAGGGCGGUCAGACCUUAUCUUUUUCCACGCUGUCGACCAGCUGUUCUGUGGAUGUGAGCACAUACCCUGUGUCUUGUAGAGAUCAGUGCAGCAGUCCUCAGCUAACACACUCUUUCCUGUUGUGUAAAUAUCCUGUACCACCCUCUACUGGCCGCAGGCUGAAGACGCAGUCACACACACUGACAGCCCAGCUGCUGGCUGCUGAAGACCUCACACCUCUCGCUACACCCAUGCUCAUAGAAGAGGGGUUUGGUGAGGAUGCUAUGGAGGUCAUGGAGAGUUUAAAUUUUCUCUUCCGUAAGUUUCAUCAACUAAAUAUUAGCAAUGAGGAGUACAGCUGCUUAAAGACCAUCACCCUGCUCAGUCAAGAUAUGGCAGGUUUGUGCAACAGAUCCACGCUGGAACAGUUAAGCGAACGUUACUGGUCCGUGUGUCGUGACCUGACAGAACAACUCCACCCUCGCCGACCCAAACGCUUCUCUGAAAUCAUCACCUGCCUUUCUGAAAUACGCCACACCUCAGGUAAGAUGAUGGCCGUUCCACUGGAGCAGCUCCCUCUUCUGUUUAAAGCGGUACUGUACUCCUGCACAACCAAUCAAAACCCCUGGCUAACCAGCAGCUCCACCUCCAAGACAUAAGCCACGCCUUCAACUAGCUGUUUUUAUUUUUUUCCCCUAAUGUAUUUAUUACAUGACAAAGUUGAAUGUAAAACUCUUGACAGAUUUGUAUGUGAUUUCGAAGUAGCGAUCUACCAAAUUAGAUUUCAAGAUGCCUGCAAAGAUUACCUCAGGAGCAUGACUUUUGAAGGAAAAAACUCUUUGACCAUUGUGUUAAUGAUCAAAAUGAAAAGAAAAACCAGAUAUGAACACACUGCAAUCCAUUGUUGAAUUAUGCAGCCUCUAGCUAUGAUAUGAAAUGUCCUUGUGUUGCAGGAUGUCACUGAUAAAAUAUGACUGAUAAAAUAGUGAAGAUGCCAAGGUGCUGAAUUUCAUUCAAAAAAUAAUGUUUCUUAUUGAGAUGAUAGCUACAUUUGAGCUAUAGGGAUUUAAAUAGUCAAAAUGAUCAUCCGCAGCUCACAAGUUUGAGUACCAAAGCUGAGUGUGCCACAAUAUACGUGCUGUUGACCAAUAGUUUUUCAGGAUGGAGACUUCCGGUAACGUUUGAGUCUGUCGCCGGGGUAACGAAAUGCAAUAUGCACACUCUUUAUCCCAGGUGUGUGUGUGUGUGUGUGUGUGUGUGUGUGUGUGUGUGUGAUUUCCUCUCACAUGUGUCUUCAAGGAAGUGUGAAUGUUCGAACAGGGUUUAUGUGUUUGUAUUUUGCCGUAGUUGUAGUUUUGUUGGAAAUGUUAUUCCUCCUUUUAAUGUUUUGUUCA